CUCAGCCGCUCCUGGAGCCCGCCCUCGGCCGCCCCUGGAGCCCGCCCUCGGCCGCCAUGGUCCUCUCACCCUCCCGCACUGACUCGAUGGCUGCGGUGGACUGAAAUCAAGUAGGACAGAGAAACGGGCGAGGCAGAGAGAGAGAGAGAGAGAGAGAGAGAGAGAGACGGACGGACGAGGCAGAAGAACAGACGGGGGGGAGCCAUGGGGCGCAACGCCUCCAUUCAAAUGUUCCUGUUGACUCUGACUGGAUGCUCGUGGAUGCUGCUCUUCCUCUCCAUCACCCUGCCAGACUACCACGUCUUCAGAGUGUACCGCGUUGCUCGCGUCGCGGCCGCCCACGCCACCCACACGCCCCCAGCCAGAGAGGCGGACCCCUGCGAGGUGUGCUGGGGGGCAGGGACGCCCUGCUUGGAGGAGGAGGACGCUGGCGGCUCGCGCCCCGGGAAGGGGCUUCCCAGUGAGGCGGGAACCAGCAGCUGGGGCGCCCGCCUGGCCUGGGUGCUGGGUAUGGCCGCCCAGAAGGACGAUAAAGUCAGUUCAGGUGGAGGGGCGCAGGUGCACAAGGUGGCCGGGGUGGGCGCCUUCUACUACUACACCCUCCACACCACCUUCACCACUCUGGCCGUCAAGCUCAAGAAGGCGCAGCAGGUGGCGGGAGACGUGAAGGAGGAGGUGGCCGCUCUGGGGGAGAAGGUGGCCCACCUUCAUCACACACUCACCACACACUUCUCGCCUCGCCACGACCCCUACCACCACAAGGCUCACCCCACACCACCCGCGGCCACCGGCACCCAGCACACAGCGACCAAUGUCAGCCCCACUCACCCCAACACCCAGAGGACGGGGCGCUCGAAGUCGGAGAUGAAGGAUCUUCGUUCUUCAAAGCGACGCUACGAGGCGUCUGUGUCGCCUGACGCUGGGCGGGAAGAUCUCCGUCGUGUCUACCCUGUCCAGGUGUCAAAUGACGCGAAGCGGAGAAAAUAUUCGAUAUUACCAAAUGAUGAUCAAGUUAGUCUUAGAAAUAUUAACUCAAACGUGCCUAGUUCUCAUUCAGAACAAACACACAGCGUCUACCCCGACGGAGCCAGCCCAGAAAUCAGCCCAGGAGCCGGCCCAGGAACCAGCCCAAGAGCCGGCCCUGGAGCCAUCCUUCCUCGCAGUAACGCCAUCGCUCACAAAUAUGCAAAACUACAAAACUCUCAAGUGAUGGAAAAUCACCAAAUAUCCCAAAGUGCAAACAGGAGAAGAAUACAAACAGUUUUCUCCAAUAGUUUUCGCCAUCAGUUAAGUGUUAACAUGACGGGUAUAGGCAGUGAACCCUCCAGCGAGCGAAGGGAGGGUCUGAAGAGGACAGAGACUGAGGGUAUAGACAGGAGCAGAGGGCGACACUGGGUAGUGGGAACAGAAGAGACGGGUAAUGGCAGAACUAAAAGACCGGAUGACUUACACACCAACGUAGACAGAGUGGGUUUGCGGCGGACCGUGUCUGUGAUGGUGAUAGAUGGGGAGAAGAAUGACUUUCUUACUAGUCUGGGCAACACUUACCCAGGGAUAACUGUUCACUGGAUAACACGAACAGUUGCACCGGAGGAGGAAGCACGUCAUCAUGUUCAUCUUGUGGUUCACAACGUAGAUGCCAACGCCAGCACCAGCGUCGCCUACACGGAGGUCCUGAGGCAUAUCACCACGCCCUACGUCCUGGUGGCCACGGGUAUCUCUUCACUCACGUCUCUGGCACACUUAGACCGGCUGGUAUGGGCGGUGGAACACUUGGGAGUGUGGGCAGUGGGUGGUGGGCUUGAGGCGCCCUCAGCCCACUGGCGCACAGGCUGCUUUACCUCCAGCUAUGCACACUACCAAGCCAGCUGGGCACGGGGUAGGCUCGCCUCUAUUGACCAGUGUUUACUAUGUCACGGAUUAGAAGGACCAUUUUUGGCACUAACCACGGCCUUGCGACACCUCGGCUGGGACACCAACCUUCCCAGACAAGUGUUACAGCAUGAUCUUUUCCUGCGGGCGGCGCACACGCAGCACAUGCUGGCCGCCGCGUGUCCUCACUCUUUAUUUACGAUCAGCAGCGAGCUAGAGCCGCCAUCGCGCGCUGCUCUGCUCAGUCUCGCCCGACGCCACAGUCUGUACACAGUGGGAGCGGCAGGUGCGCCGGCGGUCACCUUCACCUGCAGGGAAGUUGGCGCCAGCUGCGGCCACACCGGCCUGGCUCUCCCGCCAUGCUGCCGCCAGGAGCUGGCCAACCUCGUCCGCUUCCUGAUGGACAUCUGUGAGGCCCACGGGCUGUUCUGUGAGCUGCAGGAAGGCACGCUGUUGGGGGCGGUGAAGGUGGGCGGGGUGCUGCCGUGGGAGCGGGACGCCGAUAUAACUUUCCACACCAAGAACUUCACGGCCCUGGGGGAGCUCAAGGACACGUUUGAGCGCGCCGGCUACUCUCUCUACCUCACGGACAACCGGUGGUGCUGUGUUGACGGGCGGUGGGCGGGCGGUCAGGGCUCCCUCUCCAGCGGCCAUUGGCGGGCUGAACUCUGGAGCCAACACGCUAUGGACUCCGAGGAUAACCUCUUGGCUGGACGACCACGGACCAGGGUAGAGUUCGACGGGUUGUGGGUGCCGGCGCCCGCCAGCCCCGGCCAGUACGUAAGGAACCGCUACGGGGUUGAGGUCUUCCGACACGCUCAACACUGGCUGGAUACAGGUCGCAACUCGGGCUGGGAGGAGUACGAGGCUGGGAAGUUCCUGCCCUGUGGCCGGCCCGGUCACCACGCCUGUCUCGACACCCACGUCCCAGACGGUAACCUCAAGCUCCACCCACUCUGUGUUACCUAACUCACCGCUGGGGUGCCCGGAGCGGCUCCACCCACUCUGUGUUACCUAACUCACCGCUGGGGUGCCCGGAGCGGCUCCACCCACUCUGUGUUACCUAACUCACCGCUGGGGUGCCCGGAGCGGCUCCACCCACUCUGUGUUACCUAACUCACCGCUGGAGUGCCCGGAGCGGCUCCUCCGCCACCUUGCUCCACUAACCUGCAACACUAACUCAGCCGUUAAGUGCCCGAAGGUAACCCCCUUGCCACUCGCCGCUACGCCACUGGAACAUACGCCACAGAGUUCCGUAGGGAGCGUUGCUUCCUCAGACACUAAGGCAGUUUUAUACCCUGGUGUCUUGACGCCCACUAGCAAUACAUGCCUGGGGCAAACAUGGUGUUUCCAUUUACAAAAUCAACCAGUAUUGAACGUGUCAUUAGACUGUAUCGACCCAGGUUGGUAGCGAGACUAACACGGGUAUGAUGCCCUCCGCCCUCCGCCUCUACAACCGUUCCUCAGUGCUUUAUAAACAAGCCACAAAUUCUGCUCGCAUUUGUGACCUUUAUUCUAUUAAAUCUAUUAUUAUUAUUAUUCUGAUAUUUGGCAGAACUAAUCCGAACAUUGUAUGCUUCCGCUCUUAUUUUCUCUCCAGGUAUUUGUAAGGGGAACUAGUUAAGUGUGUUCUAACUCCGCCCUCUAUAUUUCUAGAUAAGAUAGUAACCAGUUUUAGCAUUCAUGAAGCAUUUAUGCAGCCACUUACGAAAGCUCUACAUCUUUCCUUCAUUAUGGCGGCUUUCUUUUUACAUCUGCUAAAUAACUGACAAGCUUCAAAACUUAACAACCCAACGUUAUUGUUGUUAUAAACAACCUCGGGGCGCUCCGGCGCUCAUAUACUGUUUAAUAACUGUAAACAAAGCCGCCAACUGGGGAGAAAAGAUGAACAGGUUUCGCAAGUGUUCACGGAAAUAACGAACACUUGACGACUAUCUGUUUGUGGGUUUCUAAUUACUCCUCCCGUGUUAAUCUUAGAGAAUUAGAGUACAAGAAGACUUCGAUGUACACAUUGGUCUUGUAUAUCCCCUGUAAGGGUAGAGAAACACAGGUGUAGACCAUUAAGAUAUACCUUAGAAUACAACAGCCUACAACAACUAUAGUUCCUUCAGCUUUUUCUGAUCCCUUUUUGCAUCAGCAAGAACUUACAAAAAAGCCAUAGGGACCAGUAUCGCCAAUAUUCCUAAAUAUGUAGGCAACAUAGUCAGCCUUAGUUAACCCUUCCUUGUGUAUCUUCCACUAGUAAUAGGGCUGUGAUAGCACUAAUAGCAGGGCUGUAGACAGGACUAGCAGUAGGGGCUGCUGAUAGCACUACCAGUAGGACUGUAAAAAGCACUAGCAAUAGGGCUGUAGAUAGCACUAAUAGUAAGGCUGUAGAUAACAGUAGGGCUGCAGGAGGCCACUAGCAGUAGGGCUGCAGGAGGCCACUAGCAGUAGGGCUGCAGGAGGCCACUAGCAGUAGGGCUGCAGGAGGCCACUAGCAGUAGGGCUGCAGGAGGCCACUAGCAGUAGGGCUGCAGGAGGCCACUAGCAGUAGGGCUGCAGGAGGCCACUAGCAGUAGAGCUGCAGGAGGCCACUAGCAGUAGGGCUGCAGGAGGCCACUAGAGAUGUGCAUACCGUCCACACAUUAACUACCCCGUCUUAAUUCCCAAAGCAAUAAACGCGAUAAUUUUGAGCCUGGUAUUGGGGAAUUUGUGAACGAUUCGAACCAGGACCUUACGCACUAGGCUAGUGUCAGGUGCUGGCCGCCCUCCUAUGCUAUGCCCAUCGACAUCGUCAAUAAGACUUUAUGUUUCCAGACGAAUCACUCUUCAGAGUGUAAAUUAACUAGGCGCCAAUCUCUUGUUGAUGCUUUCAUUUGCCACAAGAGAAUUUUGUGAUCAGUUUAGAUAUUUGAACGAGACGGUCACGUCAGAGAUAAGCUAGCCUAGCGCAGGAAACAUGAACUCUCUGUUAUUAAAAUCGCAUUUUAUGAGGAACGUCUCAUGUAUUUGAUUCUUAUAUCGCCUUAUUUUCUUAGUAAUAAGGUUAAUAGAUGUCGUAGUAGGGGUUUCUGAAUAAAGGAGCCAUAUAAUAACUCAUUUCUAUUAUGUAACAGAAACUUCCCCUCCUCCUCACCCCACAAAUAUUGAUUUGACCUUACCAUAUAUAAAUGGUUAGGAGACGACAAAAUAUACGUUAGUGUUUUUGUGUGUGGGAAGUUAAGCGACGCUGUGAGAGUCCGGUGCUGCUCCUUCACAGCCUGGUACUCACUCCCUCACAGGGUGUACACGCCCC